AUGUCUACCGGGGGUGUAUUCUACCUCGACGAGGACCGAGACAAAGAAUCAUCACCGUCCUCGUCACCUCGACACUCUCCAAGCCCCCAACAAUCAGUAUCCCCUCCACCUGCCCCUCCUCCUCCAACAACUCUUCAAGUACCCACUCCCCCGGCGGCUCCGUCGAGUCUGACCCAGGCUUUCGGUCGCAAGUCGGGUGUCUUUGGUGCUACCCCCUCGUUUCCCUCACCACUCGCGCAAGCAAUCACUGUUCCAUCGCAAUCGGACUCCUCCUCAUCGUCGUCGUCACCUCAUUCGUCACCUCAACACUCUGACAAUGAGAACGACAAUGCAGUCGAGGACGGCGAUGACGACGACGACGCCGACCGCGCUGGUUUCUCUCCACUCAAGCGGCCAGCUUCCAAGGGCAAGUCGACCGCCUCCAACAGCGAGUCGACUUCUCCCUCGUCGUCACGUCGGUCGCUGUCACGGCCACCCAGUCCACCGCAGUCAAGACAGGUCCUCACCCCAGGUGGCUUGUUGAUGACCCGCGUCAAGCGAUCGGGAAGCGGGUCGGUUCUCGCCGGAGGUCCAUCCCCCUCGGCCAAGAAUUCACCUCCUCGCCCAUCCUCUACUCAAAAGCAAGCCCCAUCACCGAGCCGUUCUCGUCAAGGCAGUGUCAGCGGCUCCAGCGGCAUGGGCACUCGUUCAGAAACAGGCAACGCUGGUGGCUCCAGUCCUCUUGCCUUUGGCAGUCCUGAACUCGAACCAGCACCUGAGCUGCUCGCAGCCCCACGGCCAAUCUCUGCGGUUUCUUCAUCACUCUCACGUGAUAAUGAUGCCAACAUUCUUGGUCUGGGUUGGGCCUCCAACUGGGAACCCCCGGCUCCAUCAAAGGACAAGGGCAAGAGCAAGGAGGUCUUCAGGUCACCAAGCCCAAAGCGAGAGCUGUCUUCUCCUAUUCCAGUUUCGGGCGCGCCACGACAACGCCGAGCUUCCGAGUUCCUUCGGCCUUCGUCAAUCGAUUUGCGAAAACUCCCGCCACCGUCACCCACUGCGCGUGGAGGUUAUGGGACAGCUGCCUCGUCAGGUCUUCCGACCCUGUCCUCGUCGGCGUCCAUGGUGUCGCCUCUCAACCCUCUGCCAUCGCCUUGGUCCGAGGUGCCGUUGAGCGGUGGCCAGUCCAGCCUGGCGCUCGAGCAACCUACACCUGGCGGCACUGCUAUUCGAUUGAACAGGGUGCCGACCAGCGUUCGUCUUGCAGCAGACUUGAUAAAGACGGCGUCCAUGACACCACCAUUGCAGCAGGGGGAGACUCCAAGUUCGACCGCAUCCAUUUCCACUCCAAACCCCUCACCCGCAGAUUCGGACAGGGCUAUUGGGGUGGCAUCGAUGCGCAAGCAGGCGUUGGGUAACUUCACUUCUCUGCCACCCGGCGCCUUUAGUAUCUCAACGUCUCCAACCGCCCACAGGUGGAUCGAUGCUGUGGAAGUGGCCGGUAUGUCGCCAUUGUCGUCGCCUUCGACGUCGAGUGCUGCCGGACAUGCCGCCAUAUCGCCGUCCUUGUCCGCAUCACCGGAUAUGCUUGGCGACCCCUUCACUACCUCUCGCCAACAGCGUAUUCGAGCGUCAGUCCACGAGGCUUUCACCAGUCCAUUAACGCUACCCGCCACUCCGCCCCAAGCGCAUUCCAUGUCACCUGGAUCGGCCGACGCCGACGACUCGUCUUCCACAGGCACUGGUCUGCGCCUGGAUGCUGGUAGCAGCCAAGGCCACAGUACUCCAGGGUCUGUCGGGUUUCCUGGGCGACCUGUUGAGUCUCGCCUUCGCUCUGUUGGUCAGCGAAGUGGGCUGGCAAUGGACCUUGCUGGCAUGUCAUCCGCCAUCGGAGAUGCAGCCAGCCAUGCGACAAUGAUCAUGCAGAGCAGGCAAGCCAAGGUUCAAAGGUGGAAACCCCACACAUCUUUAGGAAGCGCUCCCCCGAUGUUGAGCAGCCCCACCGAGGCGGCUGCCCCGUCUCGCCUCAGCGCAUCCUAUGUGGACCAGCCAGGUCACACUUGGGGUGUUACUGAAUGGCGGACCUCUGGUUAUCACCCGCGCGGAGGCUCCAGCACCUUGCCUGACUCAGCUGUCAGCGAGAUUGCUACAGGCAGCGAUGUUGGGCACGAGCUUUCGAAUAAAGAUGGACCUCCGGCACAGUAUGGCGGCGUCAAGAUGGAGAAGCAAGGCUCGGCCACAGGCUCCAUUGCUGGAAUCGAAUGGGUCGACUGGUACGACUGUUACAAGUCGUACAAGGCCGAGAAGAUUCGUGCAGAAACGAAUGCCGCCACUGUGCGUGAUGGACCGCCCAUGCCUAGCAGCUCUAUGCCCAGCAGCAGUGCGACGUCUCCUACUGUCGACCGAGACCCUGCCAAAUACGACACUGCACCGGCACCAUUGAUGGGCGGUGACGCCCUUUCCCUCACGCCCGUCACUUCCCACGACGAUUCGCUCUCGGCAGCCCCGCAAUACUCCUCAGGCUUGGCCUUCCGCCGUCGCAGUUUAUCGAUUCGGUCAACAAUGUCAGCAAUUGACCACAAAAUGUCAUCACCAAACCCCAAACGCUCAAGUCUCCUGGAGCGACCACGUCAAUCGUCUGGUGGAUCUGUCAAGUCUUCGGCUGGCGACUCUCAUUUGGCGUCGGUCAAGCGCAAAAAGAACCUGGUCAACAAGAUGGAAGGCUGGUGGAAUUCUGUCAAGAGUAACUUCACGCCGGAGCCAGCACCCCUGCACCAGCGCUACAAUACCUCUGUUCUGUACCCCGAACCACGAAUUCCGUCGGCGCCGCAAAGUCGUCGUGGUAGCGACAAGUCAAGCGGAACGCUUCUAGGCCAUGGCCUCAUGCCACCCGAAAUUGCCCGUCGUGUAUCGUCCUCCUCUGGUCGCUCAGUCCGUCCUGCUACAUCCCAUAUGGAGCUCCGCCGCAGUUCACUCGCGAACACUGAAGGCUUUUCGACCGGCACUGAGCCCCCUACCAUGAUCAGUUCUGUUGCCUCUAUGCUGCCGCCCCCACCGCCGGCCAAGAUAGAAGAUUCACGACAGCUACAUAGGGGAUCUGCUGCGCGUAGCGGCUUGGAGGCCAGACGCAACCAACCGUCGUUGCGGCUGGAUUUGGAGCCUAGCUCACUUGCACCACGCGCGUCUGAGAGGACCCCGAGUUCGCGGGCGACCGGCUCGUCUGGCGGCACUGGUAGCACUGGUGACAAAACGUCCGUCUUAGGUUUCCAAACACAUCACCAGACCGAAUCGCGAUCCUCCUCCUACGGUUUUGGCAGUACUGGGCUGGCGGCUGGUGUGCCUAGAUGGGACCUGACACCUUCGCCCUUGCUCUCCACGGCUACGGCUCCGACAACUAGCAAGGACGACAAACCUGUAGCUCCAGGUGCAGACCUCACUGUCGCCUCAGUCCGGCAACAUAUCAAGCAACGCCUGACGGCAGCCAAGGAACAAUGCGAUACCACACUUCGACGGAUCAUUGCCACCAUUCAACUCUUUGAGGAGGAGCGUAUGAUGGCCGCGGACGUUAUCGAAGACCAACGGCGUGACUACUUUGACACGUUCAGCGACUCGCCGGUCAUUGACGCUGCCGACAGCGAGGAUGAGCAGAGCAUUCCUCCACUGGGUGGCUUCUCGUCUCGUGGCCCCAGUCGCCGAGGCUCCAUGUCCUUGUCCUCGGCGAACGUCAUGUCCAGCCCGUCGCGGCGUGUUGCAUUACUGGCAAGCGUCCCGGCGAGCCCCCGUCGUUCGAUGAGCCGCCGCAGACCGAGUAUUGUGCCCCGAGUCGGCGCACGCGAAGUACAACAGCCCUCCCGUCUGCAUCUCGAUCACGGGCAGUCGACGCCGAGCUCGCGCUCGACAUCGCGGUCUCGGUCUCCGAUGCCACAGACCCGCUCCCUCCUCGCAGCCCAGCCUGCAUUGGAGGAAGCGCUCGAGGCGGACCGGAAGUUCCUUGCGGCUCUCCAGGACCUCAUCAUCUUGUCAGCAGAUGUCAUGGACGCGUCUGUGGAUAGUCUCAUCUCCCGUCCAAAACGUUGUGCCGAGUUUAUCCAACAGCUGCAAAAGACUGGGCAGUACUGGGACGACCACGAGGACUGGCCUGGCCGAGACUGGUAUGUCGACAUUCUCAUGGCCGUUGCAACCCUCAACCGUGUGCUCGACUGGUGGGAGGCUGAAAAGGGCUUCUGGAACUUUGACGAUGAUGAGAACGAACCCUUGUCAUUCGUUUUGCGCCCAGCCAAGGAUACGCCCCACUUUGACCUCGAACCUGUUCGAACCGACCAAGCCUUGUCUGUUUCGCCGAUGCUCUUGCCAGCACGGGAUCCAUCCACAGUCACAGCAGACACUGUUGCGUUGCCGUCUGUUGGGCAGCAGAGCGACCAGCAGUCAGCCGAGCCACCUGACGAAGUUGUGGACGAGACUGGUCAUGCGAUCGAGGAGCUCCGAACCUUGGCAGAGCAGGCCAAGAGCGUCAACAUUGUCAUGGAGCUCAGCCUCCAAGGUCAAGAAAUCCUCUAUGUUAACGACGCUAUCUUUGAGGUCAUUGGUCGUGAACCCGAGGAAGUUAUCGAGCAGCCGAUUACGGACCUUCUCGCUCCAGCAGACACCUCAUAUUUUGCUGAGGCGACUGAGAAUUUGCUCCAAGACGACAACAACACCGCCCAACUGAGGUUCCGCUUCGAGGUCCACGACAUUGAUGACACCCCCGAAGGUCACCAGCCAGGACCCGUCUACAUCGAACUCGAGGGCGUGGGCAUGCUCAUUCGUGACAAUAUUGGCCCAUCACACACAAUGUGGGUCAUGAAGCCUGUGACCGCAAUCCAAGUGGACAACAUUACCGACGCCGUGUUCCCACGCGACGGCAACAUCUCCACCGAGGGUGUCUUGUGCCGUAUUUGCGAGCGUGAGAUCGUUGUGUGGUUCUUUGAAAAGCACAACGAGACCUGUGACGCUGUCCACCGUCUGGAGGCGGAGAUUGCCGAAAUCGACGAGGUGCUAGGAGACCUUCAACAGACUGUCGUGAAGCUCAACGCCGAGAUCGAAAGUGCAACCCAGGUUCCAGCCCAGCACCAGGAUGUGGUGUUUUACACUCUGCCAGACUCAGUCACCGCCAACCCUUACACGCCGACAGACCCCCAAGGCGUGGAACUCCGAAAAGUGGAUCUGGAACACCUCCAAGAAGUGUGCACAAUCUUGGCCAUUGGAAAGCAGAUCGAAGCUCCUUCAGUGCAAGAGGACGAGGCCGAUCUCCCCUUCAACCUCCAAAGGUACAUUUCGCCGCAAUCGGAGGAGAAGCUGUUGCGCAUCACCCGGUGGCAGAAGCCUGCGACCAUUGACCGGGCACUGGGCCUCCUGUUCACCCAAGUCGAGGACCAACUGCGCCUCAAGCAAAAGGCCAUCGCGCGCAUGCAGAGCACCAUCCGCUAUUCUGAGAAGACCCGUCACGAAUGGGAAGACAAGGUCAACCAGAUGCUCGCAGACAGUGACGAUGGGACAGCCUCGGAUAGUGGCUCGGAUGGCGUUGACACUACAUCGUCAACCGAGCCUGCCCUGGCUGGUGGUCAGGAGCAAACCUCGCCGGGUCACAGGAAGAUCGCUCCCCUGGCACGUCUGCCCAUUACUCAAGGCCACCCCAUGCGGCAAGAAGGCAGCCGCCCACUUCCCCCGUCAUCUGCUGCUCCGGUAUCUGCGUCAGCUACUGUCACAGCAACUGCAGCGGCUACCGAGCCCCCGACAUUGUCACCGACGCCUGUCCCCCACACCAUCGCCACCUUGGAACCAUGGUCGAUUGAUAACUCCACUCGUCUUUUAUCUGGCAAGUCGUCGCUGUCACCACUUAUACGCCCAAGCGAUCGCGCUGGUAAAGGGCAUGCUCGCCGUGUUUCCUCCGCUGUCCGUGAUGCGCCAAUGUCGCCUCGUAUAACCUCGAGCGGGCUCCCUGGUUCGCGCGCGCAGCCGUCUAUCAAGGACUUUGAGAUCAUCAAGCCGAUCAGUCGUGGUGCUUUCGGAGCAGUGUAUCUCGCCAAAAAGGUCGCGACUGGCGACUAUUACGCGAUCAAGACACUUAAAAAGUCAGACAUGAUUGCCAAGAAUCAGAUCACCAAUGUCAAGGCAGAGCGUACGAUUCUUAUGAAUCAGGCAACCUCGCCAUAUGUUGUCCGGCUAUUCUUCUCCUUCCAGAGCAAGGAGUACCUCUACCUCGUGAUGGAGUACCUCAACGGAGGCGACUGUGCUACCCUUGUCAAGACUCUGGGAUCGUUACCUGUCGACUGGGCGAGAAACUAUACCGGUGAACUCGUCCUUGGCCUCGAGUACCUGCACGCCCGCAAUGUUGCCCAUCGCGACGUCAAGCCCGACAACCUACUCAUCGACUCCCGUGGUCAUCUCAAGCUGACUGACUUUGGUCUGUCCAAGAUUGGUCUCCUCAAUCGUCAAAUUGGUGGCCCCCGGCCUCCUUACUUCAAGCAGUCCGCGCUUCGCAGCUCUGCUGGCCCCCGCCGCGGAUCGUCAGUGUCGUCUACGGACUCACCUAGUUUGUCGCCCGACCUCUUGCCCGUUCCAACGACCUCCAACCUCAGCCACUCGUACUUCCCUCACGUGUCAGAAAGCGGGUCGGCUGAUGAAUCGAGUGGCUCCGAGUCGGCACUGGUUCCUCGCCAUCUCCGCCAGUUGUCAGGAGCAACCAAAAGCUCUUCCGACGCCGGCGCGUCCAACUCGGGCACGGAGCCACCUCGCGUGGUUGGUACCCCGGAUUACCUCGCCCCUGAGAGCAUUCUGGGGGGUGGCACAGAUGAUCGCAUGGUCGACUGGUGGGCAGUCGGUGUCGUCCUGUACGAAUUUCUCUAUGGGUUUCCACCGUUCCACGCCGAGACUGCAGAAAAGGUGUUUGACAAUAUCGUGUCGCGGCGUAUCAACUGGCAUGACGACGAAAUGGACGUUCCUGCUGAAGCUCACGAUUUGAUGGAUCGGCUCAUGUGCACCAACCCAACACAGCGACUUGGUGCGCGUGGCGCAGACGAGGUAAAGCAACACGCCUUCUUCGCUGGCGUCAACUGGGGUACCCUUACCAGCAAUCCAGCCAUUUUCGUUCCGGACGGCACCGACCCGGAGUCCACCGACUACUUCGAUCUGCGUGGUGCCAACAAUGCGUUCCACGAUGACGAGACAACUUCGCCAAAGGUCCCCAAGCCCUCGGGUAGCAACGUUCCCCAUCACUCGCCAGGUCUCACUGCCCCAUCCGACGACCAUUCGCCGUCAGAUGACUUUGGCGCCUUCACGUUUAAGAACCUCCCCGUUCUAAAGCAGGCGAACGACGACGUGAUCCGAAAGAUGAGGUCUGACUCGAUGGCAGCAUCGUGGGCAUCGUCUUCCGAUUCUGCCAAGGAUCUUCCUGCUAGGCAACAUCGCCGUCAAAGGUCUGGGUCCCGGCUGAAUGCGCCGCCGUCACCAUCGACGUCGACUUCGUCUGCCGCUAGCACGCCGUCGAGAGUCUUGUCGUCGUCAACGAUAUCCGGUAGUCUGCACGCACGACGACCUUCUGAUCUCAACGCCUUGAGUCGCGUAAAGUCAACUGAGGACGACGGCAGACGCCUGGGUUCGUCGGCCAGCCGCUUCCGUGCUGGUUCAAGCUCGAGUGCUUCUGCUUCGGAGCGCAGUUCGAGUAUGGACCUCAUCAAGGCUCAGGCACAGCAGUCAGCGCCAGCCAGUAACGUGCACAUUGUUGCCCCGGUCGGAAACCCACCUUCUCAACGUGCAAUGGACGUGCUCAUUGCUGAAGAUAACCCAAUCUCUCAGAAGAUCCUCGAGACAUUGCUGUCCAGGUUAGGAUGUAGAUGCGUCUGCGUCCGAGAGGGCCCCGAUGCCCUUGCUGUUACAGGAAAUCUCAAAUUCGAUGUCAUCUUCCUCGACAUGCACAUGCCCUUCGUGACCGGCGAACAGGUGGCUCGCAUGAUCCGCUCCACCAUGAAUCCCAACCAGAACUGCCCCAUCGUCGCGGCAACUGCCUAUGACGACGCCGUGACCGAGGAAGGCACGCUGUUUUCGGCAGUCCUCCCCAAGCCCUUCUCCAAGGCCGACUUGGUCAAGUGUCUGGCCAAGGUCGGAUUUGUUCUCGGCGCUUCAACAACCACUGUCACGGCCGAGGCGUCACCAGUUCCUACGUAA